AUGAUCAUAAUCAUCCUCCAUUUCCUAAUUCUAUCCCCCACAAUCAUCUCCGAUUCAAAUUCCGACCAAAUAAACGCCCUUCUCAACUUCAAAUCCUCUCUAUCAAACGCCGCCGCCGCCGCCUUAACCACUUGGAACAAAAACACCAUCAAUCUUUGCAACGGUAACAUCUCAAAUUGGAAAGGCAUCCGUUGCGUAAACGGAGCUCUUGUCGGUUUAAAACUCGAGAACAUGAAUCUCGAGGGUAAAAUCGACAUGGACUCGCUAUCAAAGCUAAAAGGAUUGAAAACUUUGAGUUUUAUCAAUAACAAUUUCAAUGGGUCAAUUCCUCCGGUGGCUAGAAUUGAAGGCAUUCGUGGUGUUUUCUUGUCUUAUAAUGAAUUUUCCGGCGAGAUUUCCGAUGAGACUUUUUAUGGGAUGAAUUCUUUAAGGAGAGUUUAUUUGGAUCAUAAUCGGUUUUGGGGGAAGAUACCGAAUUCAUUAGUGGAGUUAAAGAAAGUGGUGGAGAUUAGAGUUGAUGAUAAUCAAUUUGAUGGGAAAAUUCCGGAUUUUAUGGCUAAGGAAAUUUCAUUGAGAUUUCAAAAUAAUAGAUUUGAAGGUUCGAUUCCUAAGAGUAUGAAAGAUAUGGAUCCAAACUUUUUUUCGGGAAACCCGAAUCUAUGUGGUAAACCUCUACAAAACCAAUGCAAGAAGAAACCAAUUUCCAAAUUACUCCUAAUAGUCAUUCUCAUCAUAGUAGCCGUAAUCAUUACAAUCGCCUUAAUCGCGGCCUUCCUUAUCUUUCGCAAGCGAAGAUCUAAGGUGGCCGAGGGCGAAGUGGGAAACGAAGAGAAUAGUGUAGAAGUGAAAGGUUGUAACAAGUGGAUUAGUCGUCGUCGUGGAUUGGUUCAUCAUGACCAUAGCCAAGAGACAUAUGAGAAAGGUGAUCAUCAUGGUAAGCUCUACUUUGUGAGGAACGAGACUCGAGAGGAAGAUGUGUUUGAUUUAGGGGAGUUGUUGUCGGCCUCAGCCGAGAUUCUUGGAAGUGGGAGCUUCGGGUCAUCAUACAAAGCGACAUUGUUCAAUGGGCGAACCGUGGUGGUGAAGAGAUUUAAGCAAAUGGGAAAUUGUAGGAAGGAAGAGUUUCAUCAAUACAUGAAGAAGUUGGGGAGGCUCUCACAUCCUAAUUUGCUUCCUCUCAUAGCUUUUUACUAUAGGAAAGAAGAGAAACUCCUCAUUUCUAUGUUUGCUGAGAAUGGAAGCUUGGCUAGCCAUCUCCAUGGUUAUAGAGAUAGGCAAGCAGGACUUGAUUGGCCAACCCGUUUGAAAAUCAUAAAAGGAGUAGCAAGAGGUCUUUUCCACCUCCACAAAGAGUUUCCAAACCAAACACUCCCUCACGGCCACCUCAAGUCAUCAAACGUCCUUCUCAACUUCAAGUUCGAGCCCAUCCUAUCCGACUACGCCCUCGAUCCGGUGAUCAACAAGGAUCACGCCCAACAAUUCACGGUUGCCUACAAAUCCCCAGAGUCGGCUAGCCAUGGCCCUAGUCGCAAGACAGAUGUAUGGAGCCUAGGGAUUCUCAUCCUGGAGGUGUUAACGGGGAGAUUCCCCGCCAACUACCUCAAACAGGGACGAGGUGUCCACGCUGACCUGGCAGCGUGGGUGGACGAAGUGGUUAAGGAAGAGUGGACCGGGGAAGUGUUCGAGUCGGGUAUGAAGGGAACGAAAGAUGGAGAGGUUGAGAUGUUGAGGCUAUUGAAGAUUGGGAUGUGUUGUUGUGAAUGGGAUGUGGAGAAGAGAUGGGAAUUAGGGUUUGCUUUGGAGAAGAUUGAAGAGGUUAAGGAAAAAGAUACAAGUGAUCAUGAGUUUGAUUCUUCUAAUUAUGGAAGUGAAGGUGAUUCUUACUCUUCUAGUUAUAUUUACAAUAAUAUGACUCAUAAGGAAGAUGAAUCUACAAAAGUGAUGGUUUUCAAUUAUUAG